AUGGAUAAGACGGUACGACUGUGGUACACGACGAUGGAUGAAUGCUUACGAAUCUUCACACAUCAAGACUUCGUGACGUCGAUAAAAUUUAAUCCCGUCAACGACAAAUUCUUCAUCUCCGGCUCGCUCGAUGGAAAAUUGCGUAUGUGGAACAUCCCUGAUUUAAAGGUGGUUGAUUGGGUUGAUAUUGGUGAAAUGGUGACCUCGUGCACGUUCUCGUCUUGCGGUCGUCGCGCCGUCGUCGGGACGCACAAGGGAAAAUGUCACUUUUAUGGCACGGAUAGUUUCAAGUUUAAGUACUCGCAUCAAAUCCAAGUUAAGAACGCGCGCGGCUCCAAACUCUUGGGCAGAAAGAUCACGGGACUGAAUUUCAUGCCCGCGGAUGAUGAACAAGACGAAUUACUCGUCACCGCAAACGAUAGCAGACUUCGCCUGUACGAUGGUAGCGCCGUCUUACAAUGCAAGUAUAAAGGGCACUCAAAUCAAAACGCACAAAUUCAAGCGAGUUAUUCUACGAACGGCGAGUACAUCGUUAGUGGUAGCGAGAGCCCGGAUGUGUUCAUCUGGCGCGCACAUUGUACGACGCUACCCGCCUGCGCGUGCGGUGGAGGUGCGACAGCAAAGCAGAGCACUUACGAAAAGUUCACGACGAGCGAACAGCACGUAACCGUAGCGCGAUUCGGACCAGACGAUCUUCGCACCACGAGAGCGUUUCCUUUAGAGGAACUCAGUGGUACCACCGGCCAGAUCAUUCUGGCCGCCGGGUAUUCGGGGAAGGUACACGUAUACGAAAACGUUUAA